AAUCCUUCGAAGGAGCUCAUUCAAACCUUUUCAAACUUGCUUAGGAACGUCUCCCGCUUUAUGCAUUUCACCCGCCUGUUUCAUUGGAGGAUUUGCUGGGGAGAAGAAUCCGACUUGUCAUGAGAAGAAUCCGAACAUGUCAAAUUCGUUGUGUUUGGGUUAAUGAAGGAUCUUCUUUCUGGGAUUCUUGACCAUGAACAAUCCCGGUGAAUCCGAAACAUUAUGGGAGAAGAAUCUUAUACGUCAUGAGAAGAAUCUAGACAUGUCAGAUUCGUGGUGUCUAGGUUAAUCAAGAAUCUCAUUUCCAGGAUUCUUGACCAUGAAGAAUCUUGAUGAAUCCGGGCAAAUCUGUACCCAUACAUGUGUUGAUAUGUCUUUUAACACAAAUUGUAGAAAGUCCUAUUUGGAAUCCGGCUUCAGACAUCUCACUUGGAGAAAGCAUGCUAAGAACCUUCCUCUUUGGAUCCUACUAUCUGGUCAUGCUGUGAUAAUGCUGGGGAUGCAUGUUAGUCAUGUUCAUGCAGAGGACAUUUCUGUUGCUGAACAAGCCACUGGAGCAAAUGAGAUAGGGGAAGCUUACAUAUCUAAUCUUCGUAGAAUUGAAGAUAGUUCGGUUAUAUCUAAUGAACAUACAUCCAAAUGGAGGGUUUUCACGGAUAAGGGGAGGGAACUCUUUCUGCAAGGGAAACUGGAUGAAGCAGAACACUAUUUCAUAUUAGCAUUGCAAGAAGCUAAAGAUGGGUUUGGGGAAAGGGAUCCACAUGUUGCAUCUGCAUGCAACAACCUGGCAGAGCUGUACAGGAUAAGAAAGGAAUUUGAGAAGGCCGAGCCCUUGUAUCUGGAGGCUAUUGACAUUCUAGACAAGUCAUUAGGGUGUGACGAUAUACGUGUAGGUUUCGCUUUUCACAACCUUGGGGGCUUUUAUCUUCUUCAGGGAAAACUUGAACAGGCCAGGAUGUGCUAUGAGCAGCGAGCUCUAAAGAUAAAGGGGCAUGUACUGGGCCUUGCCAAUGAACACUACGCUACUACUCUAUUUCAUUUAGGAGAGGUGUUUUAUCUCCAGGGAAAAUUGAAAGAUUCUGAAGCUCUUAUUAGGGAUUCCAUCAAAAUAUUGGAGGAAGCAGGAAAGGGGGAGUCAGUUACAUGCAUCAAAAGAAUGAGGCGUCUUGCCCAGAUUUUACUCGAAUCAAAUCAACUUCAUGAAGCGGAGAAAAUUCAAAGAAAGAUCCUUCAUGUAUUGGAGCUUUCUAAGGGUUGGACUUCGUUGGACACUGUGCUGGCAGCUGAAAGUUUGGCUAUGACUCUCCAAUCACUAGGGAAUUUAUCUGAGGCACAAGACCUUUUGGAAAGGUGCCUUGAUGCCAGAAAAACUAUUCUUCAUGAGAACCAUAUCCAGGUUGCUGCAAAUAUUCUUCAGUUGGCUAGAGUAGCAAUGCUCAAAUCCAGUCGUCUAAGUAAGGGUAACAUUUUGGAGGAAAUUGCAGAACUUGAUAAGGCAAAAACUUUGCUAGAAACAUCAAUAAGGAUUGCAAGGCAGACGCUGGAAGUUCCAAUGGCCAUUGCGGAGAACAUGUCAAAGAAUGGGAAGCCCAGUAAUUGCAGGAGAGAUAAGCAUGCAGCUUUGGUUAUACUGAUGAAGGCUCUGGAUACACUUGGGCGUUUGGAGGUGACAAAGCAUGAAUUAUCACAUGAAUCAAAGGAUCGAGGUAUAGUUCCAGUAGAAGCUGAACAUGCUCUUCUACAGUGCAUAUCGGCUGUGAAAGAGUUCGACAUUCCUGAGCACGUACUGAGUGCUUCUGAUGUUAAAAGGGAGUAUCUCUCCUGCAUGAGGGAUCUUGAAGCCCUUCUAAGUGAGAGCACUGGCGAGAAAAGACAACAAUCGGCCAAAAAGCUCCAGGAACUUAGAAAUGAAAUUAGGCAGAUUGAGUCAGAGCUGUCGCGCAGCAGGAAGAAAGGAACUUAAUGCAUUUCAUGCUUUUGAAAUCAAGGAUCUUGUUGCUCCAGUUACGCAAACAUGUAUCUAUGUACUGUGAUGGGAUUUUUUUUUUUUGUUAUUUCAUCAGCACCUUAAAUUUAUAUUGUUAUAAAUGAGGACUAGAAUAAUUUGAAGUCUAUGCAUGCCCUUUGUGGCCUUUGAUGUUCA